GGCCUCCGGGGCCCGGCCAGACGCCGCGCGCGGCCGGGGCAGCCGCACCUGAGUCCGUAGCGCGGGCCAAGCCUCGGCGCCGGAAGCGCGGGUGGAGUGGCCCAGCCCCCGGAGCGGCCCGAGCCCGCGGGGAAGCGGUGGGGGCGCGAGACCCACACCGGGGGGACCACGUGCUGCCUGGCGCCGGCAGGGGCGAGGACCUGCCGAGUCGGACCCCUCCACCCGCUCGCCCACCCGCGCCCGGCCCCGGGCGCCUAGCAUCAGCUGUCUCCACCGUCCCGACCUAACUUUCCUUCAACUCCGCAGCGAGGAACCUGCCGCCCAGCCCGCCCCCUGGCCCCGGGGAGCCGCGCUUGCACCCCCGCAGCGCCGUCCUUCCACCUUGCGCCGCCCCUAGCGCGGGCGAGGAGGGGUUGCGGGCGAGCCCCAUGAACUCUCCAGAAAGAGCGUGAGUGAGGGUCCGGCAGCUGCGCUCAGUCCGGGCGCCCAGGGUCUUCUUUGGGGGAGCUCCGAGCAGCAGCGAGACCGCGGAGGAUGACCGUGCGACCCCUGGGAACCUCAGCGCAGUAAUGCCAACAUGAUGUUUCACUCAGGUCGAAUGUGGAGCUGUCAUUGGAAGUGGAAGCCAAGUUCUCUUUUGUUCUUAUUUGCUUUAUACAUUGUCUGUGUUCCUCACUCAGUGUGGGGAUGUGCCAACUGCAGGGUUGUGCUAUCCAGCCCUUCUGGGUCCUUUACUUCUCCAUGCUACCCGAACGACUACCCUAACAGCCAAGCUUGCAUGUGGACCCUCCGAGCCCCCACUGGCUACAUCAUUCAGAUAACGUUUAACGACUUCGACAUCGAAGAGGCUCCCAAUUGCAUUUACGACUCAUUAUCCCUUGAUAAUGGAGAGAGCCAGACUAAAUUUUGUGGAGCAACUGCUAAAGGCCUAUCAUUUAACUCAAGUGCGAAUGAGAUGCAUGUGUCCUUUUCAAGUGACUUUAGCAUCCAGAAGAAAGGGUUCAAUGCCAGCUACAUCAGAGUUGCUGUGUCCUUACGGAAUCAAAAGGUCAUUUUACCCCAGCCGCUAGAUGUUUACCAGGUAUCUGUUGCAAAAAGUGUCUCUGUUCCAGAGCUCAGCGCUUUCACACUCUGUUUUGAAGCAACCAAAAUUGGCAAGGAAGACAGUGAAUGGACAGCUUUCUCCUACUCAAAUGCAUCCUUCCCACAAUUACUCAGUUUUGGGAAGGCCAGGAACGGCUACUUUCUAUCUAUUUCUGGCUCACAGUGCUUACUCAACAGUGCAUUACCUGUAAAGGAUAAAGAAGACAUUUUCACAGAAAGCUUUGAGCAGCUCUGCAUCGUUUGGAAUAAUUCUUUGGGCUCUGUUGGUGUACAUUUCAAAAGAAACUAUGAAGCAGUUCCAUGCAAUUCUACCAUUAGCAAAGUUAUUUCUGGGAAUGGGAAAUUGUUGUUGGGCUCCAAUCAAAAUGAAAUUGCCUCUCUAAAAGGGGACAUUUAUAACUUUCGACUUUGGAAUUUUACCAUGAAUUCCAAAACCCUCUCCAACCUCAGCUGUAAUGUGAAAGGGAAUGUGGUCGACUGGCAAAAUGACUUUUGGACUAUCCCUGCCCUAGCUCUCAAAGCUGAAAGCAACCUAAGCUGCGGUUCCUACCUGAUCCCACUCCCAGCAGCGGAACUAGCCAACUGCGCGGACUUGGGGACCCUCUGCCAAGCUACUGUAAGCUCUCCUAGUACUGCAUCACCCAUUGUCACCACUAACCUGCCUGUUACUAACAGAAUCGAUAAACAAAGCGAUGAUGGAAUUAUCUAUAGAAUUUCCAUAGUGAUUCAAAACAUCCUUCGUCAUCCUGAGGUAAAAGUACAGAGCAAGGUGGCAGAAUGGCUCAAUUCAACCUUCCAAAAUUGGAACUACACUGUUUAUGUGGUUAAUAUCAGCUUCCACCUGAGCAUGGGCGAGGACAAGAUUAAAGUCAAGAGAAGCAUCACGGAUGACCAAAGGUUGGCGAUUUGGGCCCUUCUAGUUUACAAUGUUACCAACAAUCUCAAUUUAGAAGGAAGAAUCAUUAAGCAGAAGCUCUUAAAAAAUAAUGAGUCCUUGGAUGAUGGCUUGAGGCUAGCUACAGUGAAUGUGAAGCAACUGGCUUUUUGUAGUGCCAAUGAGAAUCCUACAGGCUAUAAAUGGGACGACGUGGAACCUGGGGAGUACAAGCGCACAUGUCUAGGGAAGCCGGGCUCUUUUGCCUUACGGACAUGCUACCGUGACCCUGUCAACAAAUCUUUCGCCUUCUGGGGGCCUCCUGAUCUCUCCAAUUGUUCAAGGGAAGCAAAUGAAGUUGCCAAUGAGAUUUUAAAUUCAACUAGUGAUGGGCAGAUCUUAAGUUCGGCCAAUAUUACCAACAUUGUAGAACAGGUCAAAAGGAUUGUGAAUAAAGAAGAAAACAUUGAUAGAACUCUCGGCUCAACUUUAAUGAAUAUAUUUUCUAAUAUCUUAACCAGUUCAGACAGGGACUUGCUUGACUCUUCUUCUGAAGCUUUAAAAACAAUUGAUGAAUUGGCCUUCAAAAUAGACCUAAAUAGCACAUCACCAGUGAAUAUUACAACUCGGAAUUUGGCACUUGGAGUAUCAUCCCUUUCUCCAGGGACUAGUGAAAUUUUAAAUUUUAGCAUCGGUCUUCCAAGCAUUAAUGAACCAUAUUUCCAGAUGGAUUUUGAGAGUGGACAGAUGGAUCCAUUGGCUUCUGUAAUUUUGCCUCCAAGCUUACUUAAGAAUUUAAGUCAAGAUUAUUCUGUAUUAGUUAAAAGAGCACAGUUUACUUUCUUCAAUAAAACUGGACUUUUCCAGGAUGUCAAAGCCAAGAGCAGCACCUUAGUGAGUUACGUGAUGGCAUGCAGCAUUGGAAACAUCACUGUCCAGAAUCUGAAGGAUCCGGUCAGAAUUACAAUCAAACAUACAAGAAACCAGACAGGGCACCACCGUCCCGUCUGUGCCUUCUGGGAUCUGAACAAAAACGGAAGUUCUGGAUUUUGGAAUACAUCAGGAUGUACCGCACACACAGGUUCAGAUGCGAGCGAGACGGUCUGCCUGUGUGACCACCUCACACACUUUGGAAUUCUGAUGGACCUUUCGGGAGCUGGUUCACAGAUGAGUGCGCAAAACACUAAAAUUCUCACCUUCAUCUCCUACGUUGGGUGUGGACUGUCGGCUAUUUUUUCAGCAGCAACUCUCCUGACAUAUAUUGCUUUUGAAAAAUUGCGAAGGGAUUAUCCCUCCAAAAUCUUGAUGAACCUGAGUACAGCCCUGCUGUUCCUGAAUCUCGUCUUCCUCUUGGAUGGCUGGGUCACCACAUUUCAUGUGGAUGCACUCUGCACUGCCAUUGCAGCCUUGCAGCAUUUCUUCCUUUUGGCAACCUUUACCUGGAUGGGGCUAGAAGCCAUUCACAUGUACAUUGCUCUGGUGAAAGUAUUUAACACGUACAUUCGCCGGUACAUACUGAAGUUCUGCGUCCUUGGCUGGGGGUUGCCUGCCUUGGUCGUGUCAGUUGUUCUAGCGAGCAGAAACCAAAAUAAGGUCUAUGGGAAAACAAAGUAUGGAAAAGAAGAAGGUGAUGAAUUCUGUUGGAUUCUGGAUGACGUCGUCUUUUUCGUGACCUGUGCUGGGUAUUUUGGAGUCAUGUUUUUCCUGAACGUCGCCAUGUUCGUCGUGGUAAUGGUGCAGAUCUGUGGGAGGAACGGCAAGAGGACCAACCGGACACUGCGCGAAGAGGUGCUGCGGAACCUGCGCAGCGUGGUCAGCCUGACGUUUCUGCUGGGCAUGACGUGGGGGUUCGCUUUCCUUGCCUGGGGACCCAUAUAUGUCCCUUUCACGUACCUCUUCUCCAUCUUCAAUUCGUUACAAGGCUUGUUUAUAUUUAUCUUCCACUGUGCUAUGAAGGAGAACGUCCAGAAGCAGUGGAGGCGGCAUCUCUGCUGCGGCAGAUUCCGGUUAGCAGACAACUCAGACUGGAGUAAGACAGCUACCAAUAUCAUCAAGAAAAGUUCUGAUAAUCUAGGAAAAUCUUUGUCCUCAAGCUCCAUUGGUUCCAACUCAACCUACCUUACAUCCAAAUCUAAAUCCAGCUCUACUACCUACUUCAAAAGGAAUAGCCAUACCGACAAUGCUUCCAUGGACAAGUCCUCAUCAAAACUGACCCAUGCUGAUGGAGAACAAACAUCAAUCAUCCCUGUUCACCAGGUCAUUGAUAAGGUCAAGGGUUAUUGCAAUGCUCAUUCAGAUAACUUCUAUAAAAAUAUUAUCAUGUCAGACACCUUCAGCCACAGCACAAAGUUUUAAUGUCUUUGCUAUAAGAGCAAGGAAUCAGUCUGCAGAAAUGUGACGAUCUACAAGCAGUGAAAACUGUGACUAGCAGAUGUAAACGUGCUGUUACCUAGGUAACUGCAUAUGUAUAUAUAUGAGGAAUGUAUUUUGGUAAGAAGGCUUUUAUGAAAUUAAAAAUCUGUCUUUUCAGUGUAUUUCUUCCGUUGGGUAGUUUCCACCAUCACUAAACCUUCAGUACUGACAGCAAAAUGACUCAGUAGCCGCAGGGAAUAUGAUUUUUUUAAAUGUGUAAUUGAAUCAGACUAAUCAGAUCUUGGGGAGAUAUAGAGGACAAGCGAGAAACAGAGCUAGGGAGAAACCCUAAUUUAGAACUCAUUUGCAUCCUACCCAAUAAUUAGGUGUGGAUAUGGCCAUUUUCUUCAUCAUCUUCUCAACCAUCAAAGCAUACUAAUAUUUAUAAAGUAUUUUGACACCCACAAGUCUCAUUUCAUUGCUAGUUUCUAUGAGAAAAUAGCAUUUCCUUGUUUUCAAUGAAAUUUUAACCACAGAUACAAAGAAUGUUUAAUAUCCGACCCAAAUAUUCGAAAGGAAUUUUUUCAUAUUACACCAAAUGUUUAACGUUAAAUGCCUUAACAUGCUUAAGAAAGAAAGAGUUCCCCAAAUUUGGACCUAGUUAAUAUGAGGCCAUAUAAAUUUCUACUAUCCUAUUCACUUAUCCUAUUCAAGACACAAGGCUUAAGCGUCAUUAAUUAUAAUUUAAUCUCAUACAUUUGAAUUAACGUUAGUGUUGAUGUUCCAAUAAUGUGGACUUCCCAGGAGUUGUUGAGGAAUGAAUCUCUUAGACCUCUGCUUUUGUUCCUCUCCUGAACAUUGAGCCCACGGGCUCAUGGGAGGAAUGAGAAUUUCCAUUAGGCAAGCUCUGCAGAGAAGUCUCUCCCUUUUAGGGAAUACAACCAUUAAGACUCUCUCUUCCUGUCCUUGCUCUGCAGACUUUAAGACAUUUACAGUUGCACAAAUGCAAAGCCUCUUACUUCCCCUUUUAAGAGUUCUGUUCCAAGGAAUAUAAACUGAGACUUGUGGAUGACUUAUCAUAAUCAAGAUAAUUUAUAAACAUGUGGGUCUACAAUUGCUAGCCUAAAAACUAUCUGUACAUAAGUCCUCUGAUUAUAAGAGCCAGAGGAGGUCUGGCAAGAUAGAUGGUGUGUUAUUUAUGGAUUAGGUUUCUGCAUACAAGCCAUGCAUAAUAUUAAGCAGCUUACCUAACUUUCAAACUCUCCUGAAUAAUAUGCUUGCUAGGGAAUGUGUAGGAGACCACAUUUUAAUUGUUCUUAAAUGAUGGAGUUGUAUCCAGUUUCUUAGAAAUCGGUCUCAGUACAUGCUGUACCCUUACAUUUACUCUGGGCUGUCUGGGAAGUAUCAGGUUCUGGGAGGUGGCAGCCUAAGCAAUGAGAAGAGACAUUCUGGAGCCAAUCUGCUUAAAGGCAGAAGCCAGAACUGAGCACCUGGGGGUCUUUCCCUCUGCUCAGAAAGCAGGUAACACUUGGUUAGAGACACAGGAGAAUGUUCAGGCUCUGCAGCCACCAAGGGGCCCUUUACCUUUUGCUGAUCUUCAGUCAUGAAGCUAUUUGCCAGACUUGAAUGGGUGACAAGAUAAUGCGGUAGUGGGUUUUUAUUCCAUUGCAGUAAGGUGGAGCACUGUCCUGGAAGACCUGAGCACUGCCCAGCUUGGCUUUCACAGGGAAAGGGUGUAAAUAGUAGGAAGGAUAGUAAACCUUAAGGUCACUAGGAUUCACUGCAGUAGAGCCAGAUCUGUUCCUGUAGGCAUAUAUUAACAGGCUGCUUUUUCCGGUUGAGGUUAUGUAUAGAUGAAAAUUAAUCUUAGUCACUGAAUCUUCAUAUACGUUCCCCCCAAGCCUUAGAGAGUCUUAUAGAACUUAAUUAGCUUUCUACUGUGAGAUUUCUACCUGAAAGUGCUUAUUGAAUUAAUAGUAAUUAAGAAAUAGCUUCAAAAAUGGCUUUGAUUUCUACUCAUAUUUAUCUACAUCUGGGGGAACUUUUUUUUUUCAUAUUUGCCAAAAAUGUCAGCUCCAUUUUAGAAAUUUCCAGUAACGAGGUAAGGAAAUAUGUAGAAACAGAUGAAUAGAAAUGGAUAUAAAAGACGGAGCCAAAUUCGUUUAGCCCCCUCAGAACAGAAUUACAGGAAUUAGGCUGUGGAGUAAAAAUUUAGUUUAACUGAACUUUGAAGAUAGUAUCAAUUCGGACUCUGGUUUUUUUUUUCUUUCUUUCUUCUUUUUCCUCUUUUUUUUUUUUUAAACUACAUUGUGUUAGAGUCUUACUCAAGGCUCCUGAGAUGUUUUCUGUCCUUGUCACCAUUCCUUGUACUGUAAAGCUUUUCUUUGUGCAUUGUUGGCAUAGACUCUUUUGUACAUAUUUAUUUAUUUGUGUUUAUGAAUGUCAGCUUGUUUUAGCUUUGUAUCGCCUGGCUCUGUUAUUUUAAUUAACUUUUUGUUGGAGAGACUGUAUAUAUUUUUUUCUAAAUACUUUGUGAAAUAGUUUUCUAUAGCAAUAUCUUUGAAUAUGAUGAAUAAAAGUGACUGUGAGGGCAAAUUAAAAUUAAUAGUAAGAAGCUACUAUGGCUGAUUGGCCAUUUUACCUAAAUGGAAAAUGUUUUUCAAAUAAAUACUUAAUGUUGUUUGUGUUCCAAAUUA